AAGAAUUCAGAAUUGCAACAUUAUAUAUAUAUAUAUAUAUAUGAUGAAUACAAAUGGAGGAGAACUUGAUGGGUGCACCGAGGAGAUCAAGAAAAUGAAGACACUGGAGUUAAAUAAUACAGGUUCUGAGCCAAAAAAUAGUUGUAGAAGCUAUGAAAUGGUUUUAAGAAUGAUGGGGCUAAUUUUCACUCUAGUAGCGGCUAUUGUGGCUGGCACCAACAAAGAUACUCAGGAUGUUCCCAUAACUCUCGUAGACGGCUUACCUCCUUUGCACCUUACUCUAACUGCCAAAUGGAAUUAUAUGUCUUCCACUGUGUACUUUGUGGUAGUGAAUGCAAUAGCAUGUGCCUAUGCAGCAACGUCUAUGGCGUUUCCAGCUCUAAAUAUGGGUGGAAGUAGAAGAAAUUGGACAUGCUCUUCUAUGCUUGUCAGUGCUCUAGACCUCACAAUGGUGGCGCUGCUCUUCUCGGCCAACGGGGCUUCAGCUGCAAUUGGAGUCAUUGCUCUGAAUGGCAACUCUCAUACGCAUUGGCACAAGGUUUGUUACGCUUUCAAGAGAUAUUGCAUCCAAGGGGGAGCUGCUCUUGUUAUGUCUAUGCUCGGUUCAUUCUUCUUUCUUUGCCUUGUGUUGCUCCUCCCUUUGAAUCUUCACAGAACAGCUUCGCUAAAUUAUUAAAGCAGUAAAGUUUUUAUGCCGAAAGAUAAAAGGGUGUUGCAUUUAUAAGUCCAAAAGAGCUAUAUAUAUGCAUGAUGGCCCUCGAAUUUGUUCAUAACAGCAGCAGCUUGUACUCGUGGUCGAUCUAUUUAUGUGUUAUUUAUCAGCAAUAAUAUAUAUUUGUAGGCUACAUAGCAAGUA